AUGGGGCUAGAGGACGAGCAAAGGAUGCUGACUGGGUCUGGAGAUCCCAAGGAGGAGGAAGAAGAGGAAGAGGAAUUAGUGAAUCCCCUAACAACAGAGAGAGAGCAAUGCGAGCAGCUGGAGAAAUGUGUAAAGGCUCGAGAGCGGCUCGAGCUCUGUGAUGAGUGUGUAUCCUCCAGGUCACAGACAGAGGAGGACUGCACAGAGGAGCUCUUUGACUUCUUGCACGCAAGGGACCACUGUGUGGCCCACAAACUGUUUAACAGCUUGAAAUAAGUGUGCAGAUUUGUUCACCCCAGCCUUCAUCACCUGGGCAUUGGGAUAUUUCCUCAUGGGUUUGAACAUGAUGUUUAUUUGUGUAACUAAGUUCAUGUGAAUCUCAAGGAUUUUG